AUGGCCUCCUCGGUCAAUAACAACGAGUCGGUGGGCUUGCUCUCUGGGCAGCCGUCGCAGGACGGGGCUCGUCGUCGUCGCGUGUGGACGGUGCUGGGCUUGGGGUUGCUCUUUGCCGGCAUUUGCUCGAUUGUGGUCGUGUUUACCCUCCGCUCGAGUCAGUACAAGCACAACAGCAACAAGGACGACUCGGGUCGACUGCCCGUCCACGAUGUCAAUCUGCUGCUCAUCACCGAUACCCACAGCUGGGUCAACGGGCAUCAGCACACCCCCGACAUUACGGCCGACUACAGCGAUCUCCUCAGCCUUCACGAGCACCUGCGCGAUUAUGUGCGGGACACCAAGCAGCAAGCCUACCUCUUCCUCAACAAUGGUGACCUCAACGACGGCACUGGCCUGAGCGGGUACAUCAAGCCCAGCACCACCCACAUCCUCCCCAUCGUGCGCCACAUGCCCUUUGACGCCAUCAACUGCGGCAACCACGAGCUAUACGACAACGCCAGCAUCGCCGACCUCGUCGACUCGGGCUUUAUCAAGUCCUGGAACGGCGCCUACCUCACCGCCAACAUCAUGCUCGGCCCCAAUCAGACCCUGGGUCACCCUUACAAACGUGUCCAACUCGCUGACGUGGGCAAGCCCGACGCCACCGGCCACCUCCUCAUCUUUGGCUUCCUGUACAACAUGCAGGGCACGGCCCCCGCUGUUACCGUUGAGCUCGUCCAAAACGUCGUCAAGUCCUCUUGGUUCAUCAAUGCCAUCAAGGGCAGCAUGGCCGACGACCUGGCCGCCAUCAUCGUUCUCGCUCACAUGCACUACGUCGACCCCCUCGUCACCGUCCUCCGCGACGCCAUCCGCAACAUCUCUGCCACCGAUCGCCUGCCCAUCAUCUUCCUCACCGGUCACUCCCACCUUCGUCGCUUCCAACAACUCGAUGACUUUGCCAUCAGCCUCGAAGCGGGCAAGUACAUGGACACCAUCGGCUAUGUCAGCUUUGACAUCCCCAAGGCCACUGACCUCGUUCUCAAUUUUGUCAACUACACCAUCACGCCGAAUCGCACCACCUUUGCUCGCAUGGCCGGCCUCAAGGACACCAAGACCUUUGACACGAAAAACGGCACCGCGCUUCGCGAACAAAUCACCAAAGUCUACGCGCAGCUGGGUCUCAGCCGCGUCGUCGGCUGCAGCAACGCAACCUACUCUUAUCUCGCCGAUGUCUCUCAAAACAACUCCCUGGCCGCCCUCUACAUCGAUCAAGUAGCCCCCAACACCGUCAUGCAGCACGUCCCAAACAUUAGCACCGCCAAACCCUUCCUGAUCCACAGCGCCGGCACCCUUCGCUACGACCUUUUUCAAGGCAACAUCACCGUCAACGACCUCGCCACCCUCUCCCCCUUUGCUGAUAAUUAUCACUAUACGCUCCAGGCCUACUCGGGCCAAGUGCUCAACGAAGCCAUUGACGUCUCUGCCGAACUCGUGUACCCCUGGCCCUUGGAUAAGCAAACAGACUAUCAUGUCAUGACCCUCUCCUUUGACUGGCCCGGUAUCAACGCCACUCUAUUCAAGGCCAACCUCAACCCGACUUGGGGCAUUGUGCCCAACUACAACUCGACCUCAGUCUUCAUCGACUAUUUUGACAACAAUCCCGCCUGGGCCUGCUAG